CAACUUUUUCAAUCCUUAACUAUGAAUUCCUCCCACGUUAAUUUCCUCCUCUUUCUUCUCUUCCUAACCUUAAACACAUCAACAACCAAUGCUGUCACACACAAGACCACCUACGCCCGACAAUUCUUGAGCAUUCAAAACGCAGCCCGCGCCAAUCUGGGAUUGGCGCCAUUGAUAUGGGACCCGAGAAUAGCCCGAUACGCUGCAUGGUACGCGAACAUGAGACGUGCCGACUGCGCAUUGGAGCACUCCAACGGGCCGUACGGUGAGAACAUCUUCUGGGGCAGCGGAGACGAGUGGACGCCAGCUCAAGCGGCCGCAGAGUGGGUCGCCGAGCGGCAGGGCUACGACUAUCGCUCCAAUUCAUGUGCCCAUGGGGAGCAAUGUGGGCAUUAUACUCAGAUUGUGUGGAAGGAGACUAGAAGAGUUGGGUGUGCAAGAGUGGUGUGCUAUGAGGGUAGGGGUGUGUUCAUGAUUUGCAACUAUGAUCCACCUGGGAAUUACAUUGGGGAGAGGCCUUAUUGAAAAAUUAUAAAUAUUCUCUAAAAUUAAAAGUCGUCUAACAAAUACCCUACAAUGGGCUGUCUUGAAAGGGUGUUUGUUAGACAACUAUUAAUUUCAGGGGUAGGUAUAAUUUUACAAACAAUAAGAAUUUAUGGAUAAUUAUGAUAAAUUUUAGGAAAGCUCGUUGAAAUUUAUCCUGAAGAUUAUAUUAUUUUUUGAAUAUAUAUAUAUAUAAUAUAGAUAUUUAUUUUCUCUUUUAGAGUAUAGGAAUAGUUAGUAGCCCUUGUAGUUGACUUGUAAUCAUAAAAAAGUCAAUUAUG